AUGUCAAAUAACAACGCUCUUGAAACUUUAAAACUUUUGGUUGCCGCUGAUAAAUUACUUCUUCAAGAUUUUAUUGAUAGGCUACUACCUUUUAUACAUGAAAAGUUAGAAGAAUUUAUGAAGAACGAUGCAAUCAGCAUAUUGCAAUUUGUUUUUAAUUAUAAUGCUUAUUGUAUUCCUUUAAUUCGUUGGAAUAUCAUUUCUUCCGCUGAAUUUUGGAAUAAUAGAACAUUCUUUCAAAAUGUUUUAUCGAAAGAAUUAUAUCAAGAUAUCUUGGCUUAUUAUCUUGAUUCUACUACUCCACCUGCGAAGACAAUAAUAUUGAAACCAAGAAUUAAGCCUAGUAGUCAAGAUUUUAAAAAAUUCGAAGAGGCUUCAUACGUAGAUCUUGCUAAUAUUAACGAAAAUGAAUUGAAUCUUAAAGAUUUUAUUGAUAAAAUAAUCUUUUUUAUGCAUCAAGAUCUUGAAGGAUUCAUGAAACAUGAUUCGGUUGAUGUAUUGAAAAUAGUUUUUCAAUAUGAUGCCUGUAAAUCAUUACGAAAUAUGUGUCUUCAGUUUAUAUGCUCUUCUCCUGAUUCUUUAUUUGAACAUCACAAAUUUGUUCUAUUAGAUCAAUCAAUUCUCUCACUUAUAUUACAACGUGAUGAUUUAGGAAAAUUAAAUGAAAUAGAUAUUUGGAAUUAUUUAGUAAAAUGGGGUAUUGCCAUUGCAAAAAAUCAAUUAACUCUUCAAAACGAUGAUAUGAAAACUUGGAAAGAUGAAGAAUAUGGUAUAUUAAAGAAUAUUAUUGAUGAAUGUAUUCCUUUAAUUCGUUGCUCUUUACCUAAAGAAAUUACUAUUUUACCACCAAGAUAUAAAUUAGAUCAUAUGCCUCUUAUUAGAUCUGAACAAUUUAAUAUAAUCGCUAGUUGGAUUGAUAAAAAAGAUUUGGAAAAAACUGAUCAAAGCUUCUUAUCUGCACUAUUUCAAUCAAGUAAUACAUCCGGAAGAAAAUCAAAAUUAAAGGAUACUUUAUAUUAUAAUUCUAAUAAUAAUCCUUACGAAUUCAUUCCUUUAUAUUGUUCAAAGAGAGGUGGACCUGAAGAAUUUCAUAAAUUAUGUGAUAAUAAAGGUCCAACAAUAACAAUAGCCAAAUUACGUAUAAAUGAUUCAGAAAUAUGUUUAUUUGGUGGUUAUAAUAAUUUAAGUUGGAAAUCUUAUGGUCACAAAAAAAAUCAAUAUCAUACUUAUUCAAAAUCAAAUAGAAAUUUUUUAUUUUUAUUUGAUAACGAAAAUGAUAUUACUACUUCAAAAAUCUCUCGAGUUAAAAAAAGUUGUUUUGCUGCGGGUUAUUGUACAGACACAGGUCCAAUUUUUGGUUCUAAAAAUUAUUAUUAUUAUUUUGAUUCUAAACCUACUUUUAAAAAAUGGUUAGCAAAAGGUAAUAGUAAAAGUAAUUAUACGGACUUUAAAAAUUUUGUGAAAUUACAAAAAUCCUCUAGCUUUACGGUCUUAGAUUAUGAUGUUUGGCAA